UGGCAGAGGAGGAGGAGGAAGCCGGAAGUGGAGAGGGCCCGGGUAGGACCGGGCGUUGCGGGAUUGGGCCUGAGGUCUCUCGGCCCGGGGCUGCUGAGGAGCCGGUGGCUAGGCGGAGCAGCACCAUCCCGGCCCUGGGGCUUGCUGACUGGUGAGGAAAAGCGACAGCCUAGGGAGGCUCCUUUCUGUGCUCAGGCAGGGUCUGCACGCCCCGCAGAGGUCGGCGGCAGCCAGCAGCGACCGCGGAGCGACGGCGGGCGGCCCCGGGCAUGUACGCCCCGGGAGGCGCAGGGCUGCCCGGAGGGCGCCGGCGGAGGAGCCCGGGAGGCAGCGCUCUGCCCAAGCAGCCAGAGCGUAGUCUGGCCUCGGCCCUGCCGGGCGCCCUGUCCAUCACUGCGCUUUGCACGGCACUGGCAGAGCCUGCCUGGCUGCACAUCCACGGCGGCACCUGUUCCCGCCAGGAGCUGGGGGUCUCCGACGUGCUGGGCUACGUGCACCCGGACCUGCUGAAAGAUUUCUGCAUGAAUCCCCAAACAGUGCUGCUCCUGCGGGUCAUCGCUGCCUUCUGCUUCCUGGGCAUCCUGUGUAGUCUCUCCGCAUUCCUUCUGGAUGUCUUUGGGCCCAAGCACCCAGCCCUGAAGAUCACUCGUCGCUAUGCCUUUGCCCACAUCCUCACAGUUCUGCAGUGUGCCACUGUUAUUGGCUUUUCUUACUGGGCUUCCGAACUCAUCCUGGCCCAGCAGCAACAGCAUAAGAAGUACCAUGGUUCCCAGGUUUAUGUCACCUUUGCUGUUAGCUUCUACCUGGUGGCAGGAGCUGGUGGAGCCUCAAUCCUGGCCACAGCAGCCAACCUUCUGCGCCACUACCCCACGGAGGAAGAGGAGCAGGCUCUGGAGCUGCUCUCUGAGAUGGAGGAGAACGAGCCCUACCCAGCAGAAUAUGAGGUCAUCAACCAAUUCCAGCCACCUCCAGCCUACACACCCUAAUGCCGCCCUGGGCUUUCAUCCGCAGCAGUCACUCCCCACUCUGCAGCUCCUCUCACCCAGAGGCGCUCCCUCCCCCGCAGGCUGCACGGGUAGGAUCCUGACCAUCUUCACCAGUCCUUCCCCAGGAGAGACUCUGCCUUUAGGGUUGUUAGUAUAUCCUUGCUCUCGAAACCUGGGGUUCACCAAUUUUAUAUAAUGCACUGUUUCCCCUCCUGUCACCUUCUCCCUUCACAGUCUCUAGUCAUUACCAACCAGGGAGGGUCAUACAAGUGUUCUCUUUCACGGGCCAUAUCUUUGAGACGGGGGCUUUUCUUGAGGAGCUGCUGACAGACAGGAGGCGUGUCAGCAGGGCCCAAGGGAAGGAGUACUGUGCCCUGCAGACUAGCCUCAUGGGGGUCAACGUUUGUUCCACCGCUGUAGCUCUGGGCUGACACCCCACCCCCAUUCCUUCUUGGACUACAGUUACUCCUUUGAAUUCUCUGCACUUUAUAAAGUCUUCGGGCGUCCCAUCAGGUGUGAGCUGGUUUCACAGGGAGAAGGAGUUGCUGCCCUCGCCCUGCCCUCGCUUGAGUGGCUGGAGCCCCUGCAAGGAGAGCAGCACCUGGUGUGGGCCUGAGGCCUCCAGGACCCACAGAGGGUCAAGAAGGGAACUGAAUCUCCCCAGCCCCUUCACCUUUUAAAAUGUGGGUGGUUUUAAAAGAAGAAAUAACUAAGACACAGUAACAAAUUCUCUUUUUAAACUAGGGACAAGACUUGUUUAUUUUGUUUUUUCAGCUAUUUAUCCACUUCUUUUUGGCUAUGAGUUGUUUUAAGCCAUAGCUCCUUCCAGCCCGUGGUCAUUCCUCCCCGAAUCUCCCCCAGCAGAAUGCAGCCCUCCUCCCUUGCUCUCCUCUCAGUGACCCCAGCUCCUUGGGCCUUCCUGUGGAACCUGGAACCCCACCCCAGAGGGGCUGAGGUCUGUGGCCUGGCUGGCUGGCCAGCGUGGUGCUCCUCAGGACUGUGGCACUGAGAUGUAACCUGGCCUCCGUGCAGGAACUGAGGCCACAGCAGGGCAGGAAGCCCACCACUUUCCACAUAGGGACCACAACCAGUAGGGCCCCUUCACGUGAGGUGUCAAACUAACGGAUUUGGUUGUGUCCUUCAGAUUCAGUGCACCCCCUAGACUGUGACUUGGGGCAACAGCUUGCUGCAUGCCUCUCUCCCAUUCCUGAAUGUACUCUGGCCUUGCAGUGUGCUACUGGCUCUUUCUUGCCUAACUAUAACUCCACACAUGGCUCUGGUUGGGGCUGAAUUUUCUGCCCUGAGAUCUGGGGCACAAAGUGGAAGAAACUUGAGGGGCCUUCAGAGUGGAUCCAGUUAGCCAAGCUUCUUUGGAAUCAGGGUCCAGUGCUGAACUGAACUGAAAACAUAUGGACUCCCCACCUCCUCCCACAGGCAAUAAAGCAAGCCUAGAGAAUGGACACCACUGUUGAGUUGUGGCUAGAAAGGGACUGUCAUGUCCCUCAUCCUUCUGCCAGACUGCCUAGGGAUGUCUAGACAGAUGCAGUGUGGGUGGUGAGGACCAUGUCCGCACAUGAAGGAGUAUACUACCUGUAGUUCACUGUGAUGCCAAGUGUGACCUAUGGUGACUCUCACACUCUUCCAGACUCUUCUCUAAAGCAAGAAAGACUGCCGUAUAAUACCUGAGCACAAAGCCAAGGAGCUGAUUAAAUCGAAGCUUGUCUCUGUAAAGUUCACGUUUACCUUGGCAGUUUUUUGGAGUGUGACCAACUCUGACUGUGGAUGUCUGAGUGGGCAGACCAGGAGACCGGAUGCUGAACACGCAUGCCAAAGUGUCUGGUCACUUCAUGAGGACCCCGACAUGACCCUGUGGAUAGUUCCAUGCGAUUUGGAAUCCACUUUUUACUAGCUUCUCAUGUCUCUGGCCUUUCUCUUUUUCCCUGCCAUCCUGACACUAAUAGUUUGUCAUAUAAAUUCCCCUGGUUGUGUUUUUUUUUUUCUAGAAAAAAAUUAAAAAGCAAAAAAUCGGAAACCACAAUAAGAAUGUAAAUGCCAAAGUCUCCCUGUCAUUUUUUAGUCAGUUUCCCUGAUUUUCACUUAUUCCCUUCCUCUUACGAAGCAAGAGAAAUUGAAGUGUGUAAUUUUAAAAAGUUAGAAGGGCCAGGCAUGUGGCUACUCUCUACAAGACAGUUUGACCUAUGUGACCCUACCCUGGUCCUGACAACUUCCACAUCAGCCCAGAGCCAGGAGCACUAGAUGUACCCUGCCACAGUUCUCGGCUUCAGACCCUGAGCCCUUCUGGUGCACAUACUGGCUAGUUGCAGAUGAGAGGGCUGCUUCUGAACUCUUAACACUUGUCUUCCCAUGACCUGGCAGAAGAAACUGCACUCAAUUUUGAAACCAUAGACUUGAGCAGAGGACCUGGGGCCAGAACAAAGGGGAAAGCAGAAUCCCCAGGUUCAGGUGUUGCAAGAGGUCCACCUGAAGUAAAGGCUAGGGAUUCCUGUUUCACAAUUAAGAAUUUCUAUUACUAAAAGUUUGAUGUGGAAAGCUUAACUAUUACAGGGGGUUUCCUGAGACAAAGUUUCACUGGUCUCUGAGUUAAAGGAUUUAUCUUGGACUGGCCUGCUCACUUUGAGGGGGCAAACUGGGUGGUGGGAGCUUCCUAGGUGUUCAAGGAGAGCAGCUGCUGACAGAAAGUACCAUUCUGGUACAGUUUUUUUAUUUUAAAGAUUUAUUUGUUUAUGCUUACAAGAACUGAGAAACAGGCCAAGGAUGCAGUGGGG